CCCCAAACCCUAAAAUUCUUCAACGCAGGGUUUAACGAAUCAAACCUCUUCGACGUCGUUUUCUUCUUCUUCUUCUUCCUCUCUGUGUUACCUUCUCUCUCUCUCACAAAACUCACUGACAUCACAUCCUCAGAAUCGUCCCAGAAUGAACUCACUCGCCAUUAGAGUCUCCAAGGUUCUCAGAUCUUCUUCGAUAUCUCCUUUAGUAAUUAGUGCUGAGAGAGGCUCUAAGUCGUGGUUUUCGACUGGUCCGAUUGAUGAAGGUGUAGAAGAAGAGUUUGAAGAAAUCGUUUCGGAGAGACCUGAGCUUCAACCUCAUGGAGUUGAUCCUCGUAAAGGUUGGGGAUUUCGCGGUGUUCAUAGGGCGAUAAUUUGUGGGAAAGUAGGGCAAGCUCCAUUACAGAAGAUUUUAAGGAACGGGCGAACAGUAACGAUAUUUACAGUAGGAACAGGCGGCAUGUUUGAUCAGAGGCUUGUUGGAGCAACCAAUCAGCCUAAACCAGCUCAGUGGCAUAGAAUUGCAGUGCAUAACGAAGUGCUUGGCUCUUACGCUGUCCAAAAACUCGCUAAAAACUCAUCGGUUUAUGUGGAAGGUGAUAUUGAGACUAGAGUGUAUAAUGAUAGCAUCAGCAGUGAAGUGAAGAGUAUCCCUGAGAUUUGCGUUCGUCGUGAUGGGAAGAUUCGGCUGAUCAAAUAUGGUGAAAGCAUUAGCAAAAUCUCUUUCGAUGAGCUAAAAGAAGGAUUGAUUUAGUCGGAGCAAGAAUAUUCCAGUGGCCGGAGGAGAGCAAAAUGAAUCAAUGUUUUUUUGAGUAAAAUCAACAAAACAGUUUGGUUUUUUGUUCUGUCCAUUGCGACUUUGUUAGCACUGAGUUCCUUUUUAAGUUUUUAUGGAUAUCGGGGGCAUUUAUGUAGUUUCUGGUCAAAAUUAAGUAAGUCAUGCAGU